CUUUUUCUCUAUUAUCCGUCGACAAUAUCCCUUUCUCUGUGCUCUCGCAUUAGAUGCGAGGCAAAGGUCGAAAGGUAAAUCAGUGGCCCAAGGUUUGUUUUCAUGUGACCACGACCUUUUGGACCUUACGAAAAAGUUGCUGAGGCAGCUCAAAGCACCUGCGGUUUUAUACGAUAUUCGUGUACAUAGCAUAUCAGCCAUGCUUUUCCUACGUGUUUCCCAGAUAUUGCUCUUUACAGCGAUGAUGGCGGGCAUAUCCGCCAUAGAUGAAGCUCCUGUCUUUCAAACGCAAUACGGAGCCGUGCGUGGCAUGUCUGUAAACGAAGGAGUCAUUGUUCUAGGACUACCAUUCGGACUGCCACCUGUUGAUGGACUCCGUUGGAAGCCUCCAGAGCCGUUCAACACGCCCUGGGCGCCCGGUAUCCGCGACGGCAGCGUGCCGGGCCCGGCAUGCCCGCGACACGGCUGCGGGCCCAACGAUGACGACCCCCAGCACGUCUGUCCCCGGGACGGGAAACUCAGUGAGGAUUGUUUGUAUCUCAAUAUAUUUGCCCCGUACACCGUAGUGAACUCUACUGUCAAGAUUCCCGUGUUGUUCUGGCUUCAUGGCGGAGGUUUUGACUCUGGUACCGGGUCAGCCCUGUGCUACGAUGGACGUUUUCUGGCUAACAAAACCAACACUGUUGUCGUCACCACCAACUACAGACUUGGAGCUCUUGGCUUCCUCGUGGCAGGUGAAGGAAAAGACGCGGCGACUGGAAACUACGGACUACUGGAUCAGAUCCUGGCGCUGGAAUGGGUCCAGGAAAACAUCGGCAACUUCGGGGGAGACAAAACUCACGUCACCAUUGUGGGACAAAGUGCAGGGUCCGAUUCGAUUGGCAUUCACAUGACCAACAACAGGUCUGCUGGCUUGUUUGAGAGAGCCAUUGUGUUGAGCCUGCCCUUCACUAUCAACCACAAGUCUCACUCUGAAGCUGCUCGUCUUGGGAACCGCUUCGCUGGACUACUGAACUGUUCCCAUGGCGACAUGACAUGUAUCCGCUCUAAGACCACAGAAGAAAUUUUAGACGCACAGGACAAGACAGGCACCUUCAUAGCAAACCCUUUCCAUCUGCUGGAGAUGUUCGUGCAGUGGGGACCGUAUAUAGACGGGGACAUCUUAGCGGAAGAACUCGUAGACAGGUUUGCAAAGGGACAGUUUCACAAAAAGCCCUUCAUCAUCGGUACAGUUACUGAAGAAGCAAGGCCCUACGUCUAUGGUGCAUUUAACAAGAACAUUUCAAAACUGGAGUUAGACGGGAUCGUGGUGGCUUUUCUAGGCGGGAAGGCAGAGAAGGCGAUCCGUGAGUACAACCCGCCACAGACCUCCGAUUAUCGGCCUUACCUGUCCAAAGCCGUCACAGACUGGGUCUUCACCUGUCCGACCCGUAACGCCAGCCGGAAUGCCGUCGAGGCAGGAGACACCGACGUCUGGCUAUCCGUUUUUGACCACUCCUGGUCGUUCAAACACGCCUGGGGCGACAGUACAUACUGUGACGGUCAUGUGUGUCAUGGCGAGAACGUGCCGUUUGUGUUUCAAACACCUCCACUGGCAAACAUCAGUCUGACUCCUAACGAGCAGGUCAUGGCGGACACCAUAGCCUACCACUACGGUAACUUCGCGCACACGGGAGAUCCUAACAAGCAAAACCAGCAUCUCGUGAGUCUAAAUCUCAACAUGUCAGAUACCUUAACCUGGCCAAGGUACAACAAUGAUAAUCAUUAUACGAUUCUUAACAUCACAACACCACAAAACACACUGAUACGGAACUAUCGACAGGACAAGUGUGACUUUUGGGACAAGGAAAACAUUUACAAUAGAGGAAACCAAGGAGGUUAGACUGAGCUACUCUUCAUCUUGUUCUGGGUUAUCACUACACAUGCAUAGGCUCUCAUGCAUCAUAUUUGAAAUGUGUAUUGUGUACGGUAAAAAGUCAUGCAGUAAAUAAAGAACGUCAAUACAAUGUCA